AGGACUUCUAGGAUAUAUUAAAAUGUUGUGGUCAGUACAUGGUCACGAGAAAAAAAACAGAAAUGUCGCCGAUAUAUUUAGACAAUGCGUCAGUCGUCAUCCUAAUAAAAUCUGCUUUAUUUUUGAAGAUCAAGAAUGGACUUUUCAACAGAUAGAAGAUUUUAGCAACAAAAUCGCGACGAUAUUUAAAACACAUGGCUAUAAGAAAGGAGACGCGGUUGCUUUACUGUUGGAGAAUCGGCCGGAAUUUAUUGCGAUCUGGCUAGGUUUGAAUAAAAUUGGUGUGAUAACGUCGUUGAUUAACACCAAUUUGCGUAAAAGCAGUCUUUUGCAUUGUAUUAAUAUUGCAAAGUGUCAAGCGCUUAUAUAUGGCACCGACUUUUUGGACG